AUGAGUGACGGUCGAAAGAGAUUGAGUGGAUAUGAAUACAGAAAAAAGGCGGCCGAAAAAAAGCGGAAAUUGGAAGAUGUUAUUACGAAAUUUGCGAAACUUGAUAGUUUUGUCAAGAAAAAAGAAAAACAGUGUGAAUCCACUAACCUCGAAAGCCUUUCGACAAAAACAACCUCGAAAGACAACAAUAUCACAUCGGUUGAUCAUGAUUUCAUCGCAAAUCGAGAUACUAGCGACAUAAAGCUACGCAUUGAAAAAGAAGACGAUGAAACCAAAAGUUUUCUCUCUAAUGACCCAGUUACCUGGCCGAUCAGUGAUUCUACUCGUGACUACAUUGCACUCCACGGAUGGAUACAAAAUGAAAAAGCAGAUUUUACUAGUUCAAGAAAACUUUAUAGUGAUGGCAGCAUGAGAUAUCUGUCUAAAAACGUAUUCAAACGAAAACUACUCAAUGGCGAAGAAGUGCAUCGACCGUGGAUCGUUUUUUCUGAAAGUAAGGGAUCGUUAUUUUGCGUUGCGUGUCAGAUAAAUGAAAAAUUAACUUCCAAAUUUGAAAAGGAAACCGCUUAUUGGAGAAAUGUUGUGCGUCGGGUUGUAUCUGCUACAAAGUAUUUAGCAUCUCGUGGUCUUCCAUUCCGAGGAACAGAUAAAAAAUUUGGUUCUGAAAAUAACGGGAAUUUCUUCAUGCUUAUAGAAUUUCUCUCCGAGUUUGAUCCUCUUAUGGCCAAGCACGUCAACGAUUUCGGCAAUAAAGGAAGUGGAAGCAAGAGCUAUUUGUCAAAAACAAUUUAUGAAGAAUUCAUUGAAAUUAUGGCACGUGAAGUACUGAAAAAUAUAGUAUCAGAAGAGAAGAAUGCUAAAUAUUUUUCGAUUAUGGUCGAUUCAACUCCAGAUAUUGCGCAUAUUGAUCAAUUGUCAUUUGUAUUAAGAUAUGUAAGAGAUAAUGGCCAGCCUGUUGAACGGUUUUUAUUGUUUAUUGACAACGUUGGACAUAAAGCGAAAGACGUAGCUGAUGCAGUUUUUGACACAUUGGAACACUAUGGCAUCAAUAUAGCUUACUGCAGGGGUCAAUCGUAUGACAAUGCAAAAAAUAUGUCAGGUCAAUAUUCUAGUCUUCAAGCGAGAAUUAAAUUACUUAAUGAACUCGCAGAAUGGAAUCCGUGUUCAGGUCAUUCAUUAAAUUUAAUCGAGGUUCAUGCUGUAGGGAGUUGUUCUGAAGCUUCCAAUUUUUUCGCUAUAGUACAAGCGGUGUACAAUUUUUUCUCGGCGUCAACGCAUCGUUGGGCAAUUCUCAAACGAUGUGCUCAAGAAAAAUGUUUGACUUUGAAAUCUCUUUCGACAACUAGAUGGUAA